UUAGUGAGACUGCGAUUUUUUUUUUUUUCAAUCUAAAGUGUUUCUCUUUCCCUCUCUAAUAAAACAUCUGAACCUCCUAGGACAUCUUUAAGAAUUUCUGACAAAAAACAUGCUGGAAGACUGUGAAACUUGUUUUCACCCAGAAGAUUUUUCUCAUGUUGUUAUUCUCCAUUGAUUGUCAACAGAUGUGGAAGCCACAUCUUUCCGUUGGGUUGGCACUUCAGUCUCUAGGUAAGGAGAGAGAUGAAUCUGCUCAGGUUUGGUACUCACGGAAACAACCCUGCAUCUUCCUGGCUUGUGAAACUCGGUUUUCUUUGGCUUCUUUGUCAGAACUGUUGCAGAGCUAGUGCUGUUUGGACUGCUUACAUGAACAUAUCCUUUCACGUUGGGAAUCGCAUGUUGUCGGAGUUGGGGGAAACUGGAGUCUUUGGAAGAAGCUCCACUUUGAAGAGAGUGGCAGGAGUUAUUGUGCCACCAGAGGGGAAAACUCAAAAUGCGUGUAAUCCCACUACCAGUUUCAGAAGGUCAAAGAACUCUGAGACCUGGCUCGCACUCGUUGAACGGGGAGGUUGUACCUUCACACAGAAAGUUAAGGUAGCUGUUGAGAAGGGAGCCAGUGGCGUGAUCAUCUACAACUUUCCCGGAACUGGUAAUCAAGUUUUUCCCAUGUCUCAUCAGGCUUUUGAAGAUAUCGUUGUGGUGAUGAUCGGUAACCUGAAGGGCAUGGAGAUUUUACACUUAAUUCAGAAGGGAGUUCACGUCACAGCUAUAGUUGAGGUGGGGAGAAAACACAUCAUCUGGAUGAAUCACUAUUUUGUGUCUUUUGUGAUUGUCACAACUGCUACUUUAGCAUAUUUCAUCUUUUAUCAUAUUUGGAGACUUUGGGUAGCAAGGAUUCAGAACCGGAGAUGGCAGCGGUUAACGACCGAUCUCAAGAAAGCCUUUGGCCAGCUCCAGCUUCGGGUGCUGAAGGAGGGGGACGCGGAAAUCAGUCCCAACGGAGAUAGCUGCGUAGUUUGCUUCGAACUCUAUAAGCCUAACGAUACAGUUCGUAUUCUCACUUGUAAACACUUCUUCCACAAGAAUUGCAUUGACCCCUGGAUUCUGGCCCAUGGGACAUGUCCUAUGUGCAAAUGCGACAUUCUUAAAGCUUUGGGCAUUCAGGUGGAUGUUGAAGAUGGAACAGAAUCUUUGCAAGUUCUCAUGUCGAAUGAAUUGUCUGGUAACCUCCCUAGCGAAGAGGGGACAAACAACGAACUUCCUCCUCCGAGAGAGUCUGACAAAGUGACCAGUGUGGUGGAGGAGGAGCCCACUCCUCAGAAUGACAGCCAGCCUCCUGCGGUAGCAGAAGUUCCUCCUUCACCUUGACAGCAUGGCCUUUGAGGAAGUGGAUUAAACCUGUUUGUCAACUCAAGUCCUAGUACUGACAAGCAGUUGGUUUGUUUGAAGUGUGGUUUUUGUGUCCCUUUCUGUUACUUUGCUAACUUUCUCCAUUCUCUGUCAAGCAGAAAAAAAGGCCUAGCAGGGUUUUUGUUUGUUUGUUUCCUUUUUUGCCUUUGCUAAAUGUUAACCUUUUGUCAGUGUCUGUCACUCCUGUGAGUAUAUGUGUUUCUACAUACAGGUGCAUGUUAAAAUCAAGGACAAACCUUUCCCCCCU